AUGAGUAGAGCACUGCUUCGAGGGGCCGUGUGCCAAUCCUGUCGCCAUGAUGUGCUCCGAUCUUUCAUCGCAGUAUCAGGUCUACCCAUGCCACGAUACACUUCACGUUUUCGCCCCAGCUUGAACGCUAGAGCUUUCUCCGCUGUUGCGCCAAAGCGAUCCGAUCGUCCCCCUAUCUCGAACCCGGCGGAUCUCAAUUAUUCGCCAGCUUUAGAAUCUGCUACAGAAUCCGAAUUGGCCACCGAGGAAGCUGCGGAGACCGAGAACAAUGAGGCCGCCGAGUCGCAUGUUCCUUGGUACCUCCAAGAAGAAGCACCAACCAGGAAACUCCGCCCCGUGACCGAAGAACACAUCCCGAAAGUUCCAGAGAACUCCCCAGCUAUGCUUCCUACUCUCCUUGAGUAUACAUACCAAGAUCUCGGCUUGGAUGAGCUGAAAUUAUUUGAUCUUCGUGGUCUUGACAUCCCGGCAGCCCUGGGCGCCAAUGUCAUUAUGAUCGUCGGUACUGCUCGCAGCGUGAAACACUUGAACGUUUCAGCCGAUCGCUUGUGUCGCUGGCUUCGCAGCACGUACAAGCUUUCGCCAUACGCUGAUGGAUUGCUGGGUCGCAAUGAGUUGAAGAUUAAGCUCCGCCGCAAGGCCAAGCGCGCUCGUGCCGCUAGUCACGCAGGCACCAUGAUCGACGAAAAAGAUGACGGAAUCACCACCGGAUGGAUCUGUGUAAAUAUGGGUGUAGUUGACAAGGAUGUGGCCAGUCCCCAGCUCAGUGAGAUUGGGUUUGAAGGAUUCGGUCAGCUUGACAGUGGAACAAGUGUGGUGGUGCAGAUUUUCACCGAAGAAAAGCGGGCUGAUGUUGAUCUGGACGGCCUCUGGCAAGGGACUUUGGAUCGGGCUGAGCGCAAGAGAUUGCAGAAUGCCUCGGAACCUGUCCCCAAACGCAACCCUACAAUCGAUGGCACUGGCCGCGGAGGCAUGAGCACCCCUGGUGGUCAGCGUCGAGGUAUGCACACAGGGCGAACAGACAAGGCAGCUGCGGGCCUAGCUGAGACACUAGAGGAGUCAUCUACUACCUCCAACCCUGCUGGCUCUGGCGUGAGCACCGAAUCGUUGAUGCAAAAGCUAGUCGGACUCAACCCUGAGAACGCUCGAAGUGAGCUUGGAACCGGCCCUGGUGAUUACACAUCGACUCUUUUCCUGCAGCUUCUAUAUGCUAGCUUGCCGACCGAUAUUUCUACAGCAGAAAAAGCCGCUCUGCAAUUGCGACUAGACUCAAUUGCGGUAUCUCGACAGCAUCCUAGCUACAGCAAGGACGCCCUUCUCAACAAAUUCAACCAGUAUCUUACCAAUGGUUAUCAACUAUCAGACGAAAUCGCCUUCGAUAUCGUUGCCGCUCUCUUAACACCGCGCCUGCAAACAUCUUCUCAGACACCUGCGCAGUUCCUACCUGAAGCUGAUGUCGAGCUUGCUUUCCAGGUGCUAGACCGUCUCAGCCUGCGUGGUGUGUCCAUUCUUAAUAUGAAAGUGUUCAAUAUGUUCUACGAAGUCGUUAACACUCCUUCUGCGCUAUCAUUGUCUCCUGAAGAAGUCGAACAAGCCGCAGGUGACAAACGUCAGACAUUGAAGCGUCUCUCCAAAAUUGUUGCCGCAGCUGAGGUUCCUUUUGAUGCGACCGAAGCUCGCAAGCUUAUGUUCACUCAAUUCCGGUGUCAAGAUUAUGAUGGAUUCUGGCGUCUGUGGCGUCUAUUUCCUCUGAAGAAUGCUGCUCGUACCCAAGCCGAUUAUGCCCAAAUGUUUCAACUUCAUGCGGAGCUUGGCGAAGAGGGACGGGCCCGAGAAGUCCUGUCUACCUGGGUGCCCAUGAUGCGUCGGGAAAUGAUCCCUAUCAUUCUACAGGGCCCUGUUGUCACUGCCGUCAUGCAUUGUAUUCUGGUGGCAGACCCGGAAAUCCAACACCGAGCCGAGGAUGAUUCUCCCAGCUACUUCACGGACUUAUGGGCUCAGUGUCAACGGGCACUGGCGCAAGCUGAGGAGAUGAUGGAAGAGAACUGA